AUGCGCUUCGUCACCACCCUCGCCGUCGCCGCGGCUUCCUGCGGCCUCGUCGCUGCCGCGCCCGCUACCGGCGACAUCCAGCUCAACCCCGGCCUUCGGCUCGUCAAGACGUCGGAGGAUGACGCCGGUUCUUGGGUCACAGAGGACGAGAAGUUCGAAAAGUACACUUCCAAGGGCAUCGGCUUCAUCGACAUCACCGACAUCUCUGACGAGGAGGUCCUCAACGCCCUGUCGACGGCUCCCGAGAACGCCACUGCUCUCAUCUCCCGCCAGGCCAUUACCUACCCGACCACCCUCACCCACGUUGCUGAGGCCAACUCCCUCAUCAGCCGUGUCAGCAACACCAACCCUCAGUCUUGGCUUCAGACGCUGACCAACUUCAACAACCGUCACUACCGCUCGACUACGGGCACCCAGGCCUCGACUUGGCUUUACAAUCAGGCCGUGAGCAUCGCCUCUGGCUACUCGGCCAUUACGGUGUCGCGCUUCACCCACUCGUUCAACCAGCCCUCCAUCAUCGUCAAGUACCCCGGCACCAGCUCCAACCUGAUCAUCGUCGGUGCCCACUUCGAUUCCACCGCUGGCGCCACCACUGCCCGUGCUCCCGGCGCCGAUGACAACGGCACUGGCACCGUCAACCUUCUCGAGGCUCUCCGCGUCCUCGUGGCCGCCGGCUUCCGCCCCAAGAACACGAUCGAGUUCCACUUCUACGCCGGCGAGGAGGGCGGUCUCCUCGGCUCCCAGGCCAUCUUCUCCAACUACCGGACCACCGGCAAGCGCGUCCUCGGCAUGCUGAACCAGGACAUGACGGGCUACUCCCCUGGCGGUCGUGCUACUGUCUACACCGACUACGUCGACACCGCCUUCACUGCCUACGUCCGCCUCGUUACCACCCAGUUCACUGGUGCCACCCCUGCCAGUUCGUCCUGCGGCUACGGCUGCUCUGACCACGCCAGCGCCCGCUCCAACGGUUUCCCUGCUGCCUUCGUCAACGAGGAGCCAUUCGGCACCGCCAACCCCAACAUCCACACCUCGAGAGACACCUACGCGAGCAUUCAGUGGAACGCUGUCCUGCGCCACUCGAAGCUCACUGUGGGCUUCCUUGUCGAGGCUUCUUACUUGGGCUAG